AUGACCAUUACGGCUUCGACCCCACCACCGGCAGCUGAGGCGCCACAGUUUGACAGCGCGCUUGAAAAGGCGACAGUUGCGCACGUUGAGAAUGUCUACACCAAGAAUGUCGGCCAUGACGACGACGCUUUGGCAGUCGGCGAGCAGAAGGAAACUCUCAACGCCCUCACCAUUGCGCUCUCGGCCACAGCAGCCGUUUCAGGCUUUUGCUUCGGUUACGACACGGGCGUCAUCUCCGCAUCCCUCGUAUCCAUGGGAACUGACCUGGGCCAUGCGCUCACUUCGGUCGAGAAGGAGUGGAUCUCCACAGCCACCAGUGUUGGCGCGUUGAUCGGUUCUCUCGUUGCCGGCUGGCUUACCGACCGUAUCGGUCGUAAAUGGGUUCUUGCAGUCGGCGACGUGUGGUUCAUCGUGGGCGCCAUCCUCAUCUGUUCGGGUUUCAGCGUUGCCCAGGUUAUCGUCGGUCGCGUUGUCCUUGGCUUUGGUGUCGGAACUGCCGCUGCCAUCGCCCCCGUCUACAUUGCCGAGCUCGCGCCAACAAAGUACCGCGGUAUGCUGGUCACCGUUCAGGCCAUGUUCAUCACUGGCGGCCAGUUUAUCGCGUACUGCAUCGGUAUCCCGCUCACGGGCCACCACGGCUGGCGCAUCCAGUUUGCCAUCGGUAUUGUCCCCGCCUUGGCACAGGGUAUCAUGAUUCACUUUCUUCCCGAAUCGCCGCGUUACGAUGUCCUCAAGGGCCGUGUUGAGAGCGCGCACAAGACUCUCCGCAAAGUCUACCCCAAGGUCUCUGAAGACUACCUCGCCAUCAAGCUCGCUGCGCUCGAGGAAGUUGUCUCCGCUUGCCGCGAGUCGGACCUCGGCCAGGCCUCCACCCUCCAGCAGUGGAAGAUUGUCUUCAAGGAGGGUCGCUACCGCCGCCCUGCGCUCCUUGCUCUCGGUGUCGGCAUCUUCCAGCAGCUCUGUGGCUUCAACUCGCUGAUGUACUACUCUGCUACCAUGUUCAAGGAGGCUGGGUUUGACAACCCCACCGCUACAGGCCUGAUUGUCAGUGGCACCAACUGGUUCUUCAGCAUCGUCUCCAUGAUGACCAGUGACCGUGUUGGCCGCCGUCGUCUGCUCCUCAUCACCUACCCGGGAAUGAUCCUUGGCCUCGCUCUCGCUUCCGUUUCCUUCUGGAAGAUGACCCAGUCGACUGGAGGCCGUCUCAUCGACGGCGCAACCUACCCCUUGCAGUGGAGCAACAUGAUGCUGGGCAUGAUGGUCAUCUUCAUCGCAUUCUACGCGACCGGCAGUGGUAACAUCACCUGGACCGUCUCCGAGUUCUUCCCUCUCGAGCUCCGUGGUCUCGGCGCCUCGAUUCUCGCCGGUGGCGUCUGGGCCGCCAACAUUGUCAUCUCGUCGACGUUCCUGACCAUGAUGAACGCGAUUGGACCCACCGCCACCUUUGCGCUGUACGCCGGUAUCUGCGUCCUGGGCCUCAUCUUCAUCUUCUGCUGCUACCCCGAGCCUGCGGGUCUCAGCCUCGAGGAGCUCGAGGAGGUGUUCCGCAGCGGCUUCGGCGUGCGCAAGUCCAAGGAGAUCCGCCAACGGCACAAGCAGGCUCUCCAGGCUCAGAGAGAGUAG